UAUGGCCGAGAUAGCUGUCAUACACACGAAGAAAAGAUACACUAUAGUUGGUACUGGGGGGCGAGUUAUCUUCUUUUAAACGGCCAUCGCCUAAGACUACGUGGAGACAUCCUGUAUAGUCGGUCCCUGAGACAGUAACCAGACUCGUAUGAACUAUGCCAACUCGAAGCUCAAAGGCCUAGGCCAUAAUGCCGUUCCAAUUUAUCAUGCGUCCGAAUUCGAAAACAUGAUCAAAGAAACUAAGCCAGACGAAGUCAUCAUAACAAACGAUCGACCGGACUCAUAACAUCUAUAUCGUGACGACCUUGGAAUUGGGAUGUAAUGUCAUUACAGAGAAGCCGAUGACCAUCGAUGCGCCGCGCUGCCGCGAGCUCUUCGAGGCCGUGGAAAAGACAGGCAACAACGCGCGCGUCACUUUCAACUACAGAUAUGCCCCACACAACACAAAAGUCAUUGAGUUGAUUCGAUCGGGUGCCAUCGGCACAGUGACGAGUGUUCAUUUUGAAUGGAUGCUCAACACGUCCCAUGGGGCAGAUUGUUUUCGCCGCUGGCAUCAGGACAAGCGCAACACACUGGAGCGAAGUGGCUAAGACAGAUCCUUUCGCACUCCAUUUGGAUGAGCACCCAGUUGAAGGCUAUGUAUCUCGACGCGGAGCAGAGCGUGCUUGAUGAACUUACUAGUGCGGUACAGGACAAGUUGUGAAUGUGGAUGAUAUUUUGAAGGUCCCGUGAUGAAAUGGAUCUGCAUGUACCUACAGUAAGUAGGUACUCACGUACCUUACUGCGCCUUACGUAGUGCACCGUUUUGCU